AUGGCCCUGUCCGCAUUGUGCCCUGCAGGGGUGGGGCCGGGGUCAUGAGGUGUCCAGGCGUGAUAAAGGCCGGUUGCAGGAGGCUCACCUACCCUGCUCUCGGCUUCCUCCUCUCCACCCCUGCCUCUGUGCUCACAGGCUCCAUGGCUCCCAAAAAGCCAGAUCCCAAGAAGGAUGAGGCCAAGGCAGGUGCCAAAGCAGCUGCAGCUCCAGCUCCCGCACCUGCACCUGCACCUGCACCUGAGCCCUCCAAGGAAGCUGAGUUUGAUCCCUCCAAAGUCAAGAUCGAGUUCACUCCAGAGCAGAUUGAAGAGUUCAAGGAAGCCUUCAUGCUGUUCGAUCGCACGCCCAAGUGCGAGAUGAAGAUCACGUACGGGCAGUGUGGGGACGUGCUGCGGGCUCUGGGCCAGAAUCCGACACAGGCUGAGGUGCUCCGCGUCCUGGGGAAGCCAAAGCAGGAAGAGCUCAACUCCAAGAUGAUGGACUUUGACACGUUCCUGCCCAUGCUCCAGCACAUCUCCAAGAACAAGGACACUGGCACCUAUGAGGACUUCGUGGAGGGGCUGCGGGUCUUUGACAAGGAGGGCAAUGGCACGGUCAUGGGCGCCGAGCUCCGCCACGUGCUGGCCACGCUGGGUGAGAGGCUGACGGAAGACGAGGUGGAGAAGCUGAUGGCGGGGCAGGAAGACUCCAAUGGCUGCAUCAACUAUGAAGCGUUUGUCAAGCACAUCAUGGCCAGCUGAACCUCUCGCCCCAGGGAGCCCCGGGGGAGGCGGCGCUGGGGGCAGCUCGUCUUCUAUUUGUGAUGUGGGCACCAGAGGCUUGGAGUUGGGAAGGGCCAGAGGGGAGCACAUGGCUCUCUCUGCACAACCCUGCAGACCGGCCGUCAUCACUGCCAUCAGGCUACGUCGGCCAGUGACUGCAUCGCUGUCUCCACUCCUUGGGCCUCAUGAAUAAAUGGCUUCUUUACUUCCUCCUCCUA